CUCCCAUGGGAAAAGGAGCAGCCUCCUCCCCCGUGUCCUCAGGAUCGCUCCUUCCUGCCUGCCUGCAGCUCGUGCGGAGCCGAGCGCUCAGCCCGCGCCUGGAAGGGCACCAGCCAGCCAGGGGCCGGCCAAGUGCCUCUGGGGCGGAGGACCCCAGCGAGCCCGGGCACCCCGAGGAUUGGGAGCGUCUCCCCCGCCCUCGUCCGGCCGAGCGGCGCCGGUUCAGCACCGGGACGGCGGACAGCACCCGGGGGCGCCCGCAGCUGGCGUGGCCGCGGCCCGCGCCCCAAGGGCAGCGGCGCGCGAAUGGAGUGGGAUGACACCGGGGCUGAGGCCGCGGCGGAGAGCUGGCCGGCUUCCACCCCAGCAGCAGGACGGCCCCGGGAGGUAGAGUUAAAAUGUUGGUUCCUAACAUUCCCACACCAGCUAUGUCCUGUAUCUCCCUGCAUGCACUUCCGGGCGGCGAUGGUCGCACCGUUACUAAGGCCAGGGCCACUGCAAACAACCCGAGCGUUCUUUGGAGCUCUUUUGGCCCUUACUAGUUAAGAACUGACUUGUUUUUGGCACUGCGGCCACACAGUUCCACAGCCAAAGGGACAAGCACCUUCAGAGAAAUGUCAUUUCCGCGUGGAGCUCACCUUCCUGACCCUGGCUGGUAACUGUUUCUCCGUGACCCUCAGGAAGUACCUGUACCUGGAUGUUCUUAGCGCCUCUGCCCCUUCUUAGGAAGACACACCCCGUUGCACCACUUUUGUCCCUUCACAGUAGGUUUUGAAGAUCACUCCAUGGGGAGACACGACAGUCCUCCCGCCUCCGCAGCGGCUCGGCCGGGGCUCUCUGCAGCCCUCGGCCGGCCUCCGCCUCUGCCGUGGACAGGGCACGGAGGGUUGCGGAUACGCAGAGGCCAGCGGGCAAACCGGGGGGAAGCAGCCCGGUGCAGGCCGUGGGGCGGCAGGAGUGUGAGUUCUGUCAGGGAAGCGACCGUGGGCUGAUGGGGCGCCGCGGUUCUGCUCCUCGGGCCCAGCCUUCGGAGCGCAGAGACCCGCGCCCCGCGAGCCGGCGAUGACCGCGGACGCGCGCGGGGCCACGGCUAACGCGCGCGGUCCCCGCCUCCGCGGCGCUGUGCGCAGGGCUCGGCGGCCACCCGGGUGGACGGUUUCCCGCGCGGAACCAGGCACUUCCCGGACUCGCGGCGGCCCCGGGAGGCACCUCGAGGUCGGCUGCAGCGGCGCGCGGCGAGGGCAGGGCUCCGCCGCCCGGGGUGCUCCCGAGUCCCCGCCGGGCCUGGCCCGAGAGGCCCAGGUCGCACCCCCACGUCUGCGCCCAGACACGCGCUCCGGCCGGGCCGGUCGCCUCACGACAGAGCGGGGCAGGGGACCCCGGGCCGGGCUGGGGAGGGCGACGCGCGGCUCGGCGCGGCCCGCACGUGGAGCCCGCAGUCCCCGCCUACGACGCCCGCGGGCAGGACCCGUCGGCGCGAGCACGACACUCGCUGGGUGGACCAACCUGCCCCCGGGGCUGCUAGGGCCAAACCCCCGGCUACGGCCCCGCGCGCUCCCGCGUCCACCGAGCCGCCGGAUCCGCUCCGGGACUCUCCGCGGGCCGCCGCGGCCGCACUGCGCCUGCGCGGGGGCGCCCCGGACCGCACCAUCGCCCGAGCAGGGGUGCGCGCGGCGGGCGAAGCCCCACCCCGGCCCGUGGAGCCGCCCGUCGCCCUGGAGUCGCUCGUUGCCAUGGAGCUGCCCGCCGCCCUCGACGCCGCGGCCCAGGUCUGGGAGCGCCCCCGGAGGAGCCUCUGCGACCCCCGGCCGGCCACGGAGAGAACGAGACAAACGAGAGGCCCCGGAGUUCGCCGUUGAAUUUCCUCCUCCAGAAGCGGGGAAGGGAGCCGGCGCGCGGCGGCCCGGCCCCGAGCAGGGGCCCGAGGCCGGCGCCGGGGAGACGAGGGCGGCCGCCCCAGACGGAGCGCGGGCCUGCCGGCUGCGGAGGACCCUGAGCCGCCUGGAGGAGCUGCGCCGGGAGAAGGAGCUUUGCGUCCAGAGAACCAGAGGAGAGCUGCGUGCUUGCCGUCGGAGGAUGGAGCUCAUCACCCAACAGCAGGCGAGCGUGGCGGCUGAGAUGGCUGCGGAAAGAGAGGCCAAAAACACCAGUGCAGCCCUGGGCCGCCUCCAGGCGGUGUCCGGACGCCUCUGCAGGGAGCUGGACACUGAGCGAGUCCUGCAGGCACAGAUCAGGGAGCUGCUGCGGAAGCACGAGAGCAGCAUGUGGCACGUUGCCAUCCAGGAGAGACAGCUCGAGGAUGCCCAGAAGUCUGCCCUGGAGGAGGAGGCGGCCGGCAGGAAGCACCUCCGGGAGCAGGCGGCCAAGCAGCUCCACAGGGAGGAGGCCGCCUUGGAGAAGGCGGAGCGGAACCGGCUGCUGAGGGUGAGGAAGUCCACGUACCUCCAGAAGGAGCACGGGCUCAGGCACCAGAAGCUGGUGGAAGACGCCCAGAGGAAUCGCAAGGCGGCAGUGAAAUUCCUGAAGGCUUCCCUGAGGAGACGCCGGGAGCAGGAGGAGCAGGAGGAGGAGGAGGCCCGGGCACACAUGAGGAGGCGCAUGGACGCAGUCCUGGCCCUGAAGAACAGCGUCACAGCCAACAGGGAAACGCUCCGGAAAUUUCAAGCGUGGAGCCAGGCGAAGGCGGAGCUGGCUGAGCAGAAGGCCCAGACCGAGAAGGAGAUGAUUCUGGCCCAAGGUGGGGACGCCUUCAGACAGCUUUUCCAUCAACGCAGGUGCCAGGAGCUGGAAGCCCAGAACCGCACCUUCGAGGAAGAGCAGAGGCUCAGAAAGCAAGAGAUCGUAGGUCGGAUUCUGAAGGAAGAGGCCAAGGUCGAGAGCAGGAGGAAGAAACAGUCGUGCCCUGCCACAGCCCGGGACCGGCCGGCUCUGCGGGAGCGGACGUGGAGUUACAUCACGAACGUCUGUGAGGGGCAGGACACAGCAGUCCCUUCCUGUCACCUGCUGGAUGGCGACGCGGCCACACACCCCAGAGCCUCACAGUUACUGGAAGCCAUUUCCAGCGAGUCCGUGCAGGGAGAUGCUGGGAACACCAGCUGGGAAGGUGACACGCUGGCCGAGCCGGAGAUCCGCGGGCUCUGGAAGGAAGACUGCCAGCCGUACCAGGUGCCCAAGGAGGACACGGACCGGAAGCCCGUGGGGGCGACGAAGAUGGACAAGGACAUCCUGGCCCGCACCAUGGAGCAGCUGCGCAGCCGAAUGACCCACAGGCAGGUGGUGUCCGGGCGCGAGUUCCGAGGUCGCCCCUUCAAGAGCAAGCCGCGGCUCGUCCACUUCAAGGACUUUGAUAUCGGCAAAGUGUACAAGAAGAAGAUCACGUUGACGAACGCCACCUACAGCAUUAACUUCUGCAAGCUGGUGGGCGUGGAGGAGCGUCUCCGGGACUUCCUCCACGUCCGCUUUGAUCCCCCUGGUCCCAUGUCAGCUGGGAUGUCCUGCGAAGUACUUGUCACCUUCAAGCCCAUGAUCAACGAAGAUCUGGAAGGAAAUGUCUCAUUUAUGACUCAGACAGGGGGGUUUUCCGUGCCGCUGAAGUGCUCCACGAAGAAAUGUGCGCUGUCUCUUGACAAGGAGCUCAUCGACUUUGGCAGCUAUGUGGUGGGGGAGACCACAUCCCGGACCAUCACGCUGACCAACGCCGGGGGCUUGGGCACCAAGUUCAAAUUUCUUCGGAUGUCAGAGUCCUGUGAAAUGGGCAUCGCCCAGUCGGCCAUGAAAAUGAGCAGCGCGUUCACAGACGAAGAUACAAGUUUCUACGAUAAAAUCAUCACCGGCGUUUCUGAGCAACAGACGGAGGGCAACGAGCCCUCCCCCGCAGACAUGCCAAGCCCGAAGGAGUCUGGGAAGCUGGACAGCAAGGAACCGGAAGAGGGGCGCCCCACGGAAUCCGAGGGAAUGACCGUGACCACUGUCGUGACCAUACCCCACAACGAGGAGCCGACAGAGAUCUCGCUGGGAGAGGACACAGAGGGGGAGAUCGGCCCCUUCAGCUCUGUCAAAGUGCCGGUCACCUUCACGCCCGUCAUUCCAGGAGAGGUCCAGACCAAGUUCAAGGUUGUGUUCAAGAAUCAGCAGUGCCCGACCUUGUAUUUCAGAGUCAUGGGCGUCGCUAUUGACGUGCCGGUCUGGGUACCGAAGCCCAAUGUGGACCUGAAGAUUUGUAUGUACGACCGGCUGUACCAGGACUCCAUCCUCGUGCAUACUCGGUCGAAAGCGGCACUGCGUCUGAAGUUCGAAGUGUGCAGGGAGCUGCGGGAGCACAUGGAGCUCCUGCCAGAGACGGGCUACAUCCAGGCCCAGUCCUGCUACGCCGUGCAGCUCAAGUUCCUGCCGCGACUCUCCCUCCCAGAAGACGCAGGGAAGUAUUUUGACAAGGAAAGCAGAGUCCUAGAGGCCCCGAUGACAAUCCGGGUGGCUGACCAGAUCAAGCCGGUGGUGUUUACCGUGCAUGCCGUGGUCACCACCUCGGACCUGGAGCUCAGUCCCUCGGCCGUGGACUUCGGCUACUGCACCAUCUACGAGGCCAUCAGGACACAAAUCAGCCUCUACAACCACUCCCUCCUGCCCCAGGGGUUUGGGUUCGUCGGGGUCCCCAAGUUUGUGGACAUCCAGCCCAAUGACGGGUUUGGGACAAUCCUGCCGCUGGAAAUGCUCCAGCUUGACGUCAUCUUCCAACCCACCAAGGCCAAGGAGUACGACUUCGAGCUCGUUUGCAAGUCCGAGAUCAACCGGUGCUUCAAGCUGGCGUGCCGAGCUGUGGGCGUCCACCCGCCCCUGGAGCUGUCCCACUACCAAGUCAAGUUUGCGGCCACCUCCCUGUAUGACAUGUCCGUGGCCACCCUGUACGUCAUCAACUCUCACGUGAGCAUGAACUCGCUGACCCACUCCGUGCCCCGCAUCGGCUCCGAGGACGCCUCUCCCGUGGGGCCCACGUCCUUCGAGUUCCUGCUGCCCCCGGACUCGCCCAUCACCAUCUCGCCCUCCGUGGGGACCGUGCUGCCAGGAAAGAGACACCUCAUCCGGGUGGCGUUCCGGCCCGUGCUGCCCAGCAAGCUGGUCCACCAGGAAGCCUCCCAGGCCCCGAGCAGACCGGCGGAGGCCAAAGUGCUUCGCAAGGACACAACCAGCCAGAAGAAGGACCUCAGGAAACAGUCCUUCUCCGUGCUCCGGCCGCAGAGCCAAGACCGACUGCUCAGGAACUCGACCACCCCGACUGCAGAGCUGGACAAGCAGGACCUCAAGUUCAGUUCCAACGAGUACCAGAUUGCCCAGGCCACCCUGGCCAGAUCUUUCCAGGGGAAGUUCGACAAGUUGGUGGUUCCCUGUGUCGUCGCCAGUGGUGACACCAAAGACAGGAAGGGGACAGAACCCCUGAGUUUCAGUCCUCACAACACCCUGUACCUGGAGCUGUGGUGUCCGGCAGUGGCACCGUCUGUCGUGGUGACCUCCAACAAAGGCAAGACCAUCUCCGACUUCGGCGACAUUGCUGUAGGACACCACGGGAUAAGGAAGGUCUCCAUCCAGAACAUCUCCCCGGAGGACCUCGCCGUGGAAUUCUCCGUGCUGAACCCCAACGGCCCCUUCGUCCUGCUGAACCCCAUCAGCAAGCUGCUUACUGGCGAGACCUAUGUCCUGACGCUGUCCUUCUCUCCCCGUGAGAGCAUCCUGGCCCAAGAAACACUGGACAUCAUCACCAAGAGAGGGACACUCUCCCUGACCCUCGUGGGCACCGGCGUGGCAUCCGUGAUCACAUGCUCCAUUGACGGGGACGUUCUGGACAUGGGUUACGUCAUUGCCAGGGAGUCUGUGUCCUCAAGCUUCAAGCUGCAGAACUGCUCCACGCUGCCCAUCAAGUUCUCGAUGCAGCUGGACAGCCUCUCCCGCUCCAGGAGCGAAGACCAGCCCCGCCUGCCGCAGUUCCUCACCUCGAGGGUCCAGAGGACUGAAGUCGUGGGCACCCAGAACUACAGCGGCCAGAGCGUGUUCAGUGUGAUCCCAGUCGAGGGCGUCAUGGACCCAGGCAAGGCACAGGACUUCACUGUGACCUUCAGCCCGGACCACGAGAGCCUGUACUUCUCUGACAGGCUGCGGGUCCUGCUCCUCGAAAAGAAACUCUCCCGCCAGAUCCUUCUGAAGGGCGCGGCCCGCGAACACAUGAUGUUUGUGGAGGGCGGUGACCCCCUGGACGUGCCUGUGGAGUCCCUGACCGUGAUCCCCACCCACGACCCUGAGCACAGAGAGGAAGCAGAGGAGCUGAAGCCCAUCCUGGUGACCCUUGACUACAUUCAGUUAGACACAGACACGCCACCUCCCCCUGCCACCCGGGAGCUGCAGGUGGGCUGCAUCCGGACAAGCCAGGUGUCCCCAAAGAAGACGGUCGAGUUCAGCCUGGAGGGCGGCACCGCUCUGCAGCACAAGGGCUUUACCAUCGAGCCCUCCAGGGGCUCCGUGGAGCGUGGCCAGACCAAGACCAUCAGCAUCUCCUGGAUGCCGCCUGCCGAUUUCGACCCGGAUCACCCACUCACCGUGUCAGCCCUGCUGCAGCUCAAGGGGGACGUGAAGGAGACUUACAAGGUCCUCUUGGUGGCCCAGGUGGUGACUGGCCCCUGAGGCCACAGGAUUCUCUCCACAGAGCACCCUCGGGCCCUCCUGCUCACCCUUGAAGCCCUCCCUUGGUCUGUAAACAGGCCAAACCACCCACAGGCCUGGGACCUGCACAUCCCUGGCUGGGCAGGUUCAAACGUGCAGCCCUCUGUGUGACCCUAUGGCCAGGGCGCCUCACCCCACAGGCAUGGCCACUUCCUGCUGCCCUGGACCCCCUGAGUCCAGAGCACACCCUCCUCUGGCCCCAUUCAGAACCAGCAAGACGACCAGUCCUGCCCACAGCCUGCUCUGACUCUGAGCCCUUCAGCACCCCAGCCCCGCCAGUACCCACCUGCCCGGCCUUUAGAAGUGCUGGUGGGGGAAGAGCUGCCCCCACAGGUCUGUCAAUAAACCUUCUGGGCUUCUUCCUACCGGCCUGAAGUGUGGGAUGCGCACCAGAUCAGAGAUGGGGACAGAGCCCUGGGGAGGCAGCGCCUGCCUCCUAGCCCCCCACAUAGCCCCCCACACCCACACACACAAAUUGGUCCAUAAGCGAUGAGCCCCGCCCUGGCUCACUGGGGAAUCACUGGCAAGGCAGGGUGCUGGGGACAGAGGCUGAAGGUGAGACAGGCCCAGACCCAGGGAGGCCCUGCAAAGAUGGGGAAGGGUAUAGGAGGCGCCAAAGCCAGGGCACCCUUUAGGAUUCUCUGUCCCUCCCAAGUGUCA